AUGCUUGCCUCUACUCUCCUCCCUCUUGCAUCCUUCGCCGCGCUUACAUCUGCACAUUUCCACGUCCUCUACCCCGAAUGGCGCGGUGACUCGCUCAGCCUGGACACUGCGUCGCAAUGGAUCUGGCCUUGUGCAAACGUGUCCGAGACCACAAACGGCACGCGAACUAAGUGGCCUACGGCUGGCGGCUCAAUAUCGAUCAACGGUAGCCACGAAGCUGCCUUUACCUACGUCAAUCUCGGACUCGGCGAGAACGUGACCAACUUCAAUAUCUCACUCAUCGACAACUUCAACCAGACUGGUAAAGGUGUGCUCUGCCUGAAGGAUGCUGUAAAAGCGGCGCUCGAAGAGGGCUUGAAGGCUGGCAACAUCACGGGCGGAACAGAUGGAUUGGAUGGAAAGAAUGCCAGUCUACAGGUCAUUCAGAUCAGCCACUCGGGGAGCAGUCUGUACAACUGCAUGGACAUCACGUUCAGCAAGGACGCAAAGCCCCUUGACGACGACCAGUGCAAGAACGGAACAGGAGUAGGAGGCGCACCGAUUGGUGCGUCGCAAGCCCAGGAAGCGGAGCCCUCUGGAACCGGAAGUGGGCAGCCUGGCGCCGCAAGCUCGAUCAAGCCGUUCAUUGGCAGCAGCGUGCUUGCUGCAGUCCUCGCGAUC